AUGGCGAAGCUCGGCCAGGGGGACAAUGUCGUCUUCACCGACGAGUGUUACCACCGCAGCCGGCAGUUCUGCCGCGAACACCUGUCGCGGUUCGGCGUCGAGACCAUCACCGUCAAGACAGGCGAUUACGACGCGGUCCAAGCGGCGAUCACGCCGUCGACGCGGAUGCUCAUCAGCGAGUCGCCCACCAAUCCGCACCAGAGCUGCAUCGAUCUCGAGAAGUUCGCCGAGAUCGGCCGCAAGAAUGGCGUCGAGACGCUGAUCGACGCGACGCUCGCCACGCCGUACAACCUGCGGCCGAUCGAAGCGGGCGUCGAUUACGUGCUGCACAGCUGCACGAAGUAUCUGGGCGGGCACAACGAUCUGUUGGCGGGUUCGGUCGCGGGCUCGGAAGACCAACUCGCCCAAGUGCGCGAGCUGCGCGGCAUCAUGGGCGCCAUCAACCAGCCGCACGCAAUGUACCUGCUGCAGCGUGGCCUGAAGACGUUCGAGCUGCGGAUGCAGCGGCACAACGAGAAUGGCCUCGCCGUAGCGCGGUUCCUCGAAGAACACCCGCGCGUCGAAAAGGUCUACUACCCGGGCCUCGAAUCGCACCGCGACCACGCCCAGGCGAAGAAGUACAUGCGCGGCUUUGGCGGCCUCGUGACGUUCCUCGUGAAGGACGCCGACUGGCGGGCGACGGCCGACGUGGUCGACCGCUCAAAGCUUUGCCGCAUCGCCCCCAGCCUCGGCGGCGUCGAGUCGCUGAUCGAGCAGCCGCUGGUGAUGAGCUACUACCAAAGGACGCCCGAAGAACGCAAAGCAUUCGGCAUCCCCGACAACAUGAUCCGCCUGGCGUGCGGCAUCGAGGACUCGGCGGACUUGAUCGCGGAUUUGGAGCAAGCUCUGCGGGCUUGA